CACCAAAUUACCCAGCCUCAAGCAUAAUUAGGGGUGACGAGGUUCGUUAUUAACGAGGUUUGAUUGGGGGGGGGGACGGACGGACACACCCCCAUCCCACCCCUCCCGUCGCCGUUGGGGUGUUUUACACCCCCCCGUUAACGGGGUCGGGGGGUCCCCAAAGGGCCACCGGCGUCCCCAGGUGGGUGCUGGGGUGUCCCCCCCGGACCCCUGUGUCCUGUCCCCCGCAGUGCGAGGACGGGGGGGGGGGGGGUGACAGCAGUGGGACACCCCCCCCCCUCCGUCCGCCAUCGCAGGGGAUGAGCGUUAAUUGCCGGCAGCGGUGGAUUAGCCCCGGGCCGGGGCCAAUGUCACCCCCCGGGGAUUAGUGACAGCGCGGUGGCGGGUGACAUCACGCCGGGCCCUACUUAAAUCUCCCCCCGCCGCGGGGACGCCUUCCCCGCCACCGCCGUCACCGUCACCACCACAGGCGGUGCCCGGCGCCCCCCGCCCGGAGCAUGAUGUCCUACCUGAAGCAGCCCCACUACGCCGUCAACGGGCUGAGCCUGGCCGGGCCCGCCAUGGACCUGCUGCACUCCGCCGUCGGCUACCCCGCCACGCCGCGGAAGCAGCGACGGGAGCGCACCACCUUCACGCGGGCGCAGCUGGACAUCCUGGAGGCCCUUUUCGCCAAGACCCGCUACCCCGACAUCUUCAUGCGCGAGGAGGUGGCCCUCAAGAUCAACCUGCCCGAGUCCCGCGUCCAGGUGUGGUUCAAGAACCGCCGGGCCAAGUGCCGCCAGCAGCAGCAGCAGCAGCAGAACGGGGGGGCCCAGCCCAAACCUCGCCCCGCCAAAAAGAAGAACUCCCCCCCCCGCGACCCCGAGCCGGGGGGGGCAACCCCUUACACCCCGCCUCAACCCGCUCCCCCCGGCACCCCCGGCCCCGCCACCGUUUCCAUCUGGAGCCCGGCUUCCAUCUCCCCCAUCCCCGAUCCUUUGGCUUCUUCCUCCGCUCCCCUCUUGCCGCGUUCGGCCCCUUUCCCGGCUCCUUACGGGGGGCCCGGCCCGGCCUACGCUCAAGCCUACGCUUCGGCCCCUCCGUAUUUCGGGGGGCUGGAUUGCGCUUCCUACCUCUCCCCCCUCGCCCCCCCUCCGCCUCCACCGCCUUUGGCUACCCCCGGGGGGGCUCUCAGCCCUUUGGCCGCCCCUCCCGGGGCCGGGGGUGCCCACUUGACCCCCUCCAACGGGCAGGGCUACGGCGGAGCGACGGCGGCGGCGGCCGCCUUGGGCUUCGGGCCUCCCGACUGCCUGGAGUACAAGGACGGGGGCGCCUGGAAGCUGGGCUUCAAUCCCGCCGACUGCCUGGAAUACAAGGAGCAGAGCUCCUGGAAAUUCCAGGUGUUGUGAGAGGAGACGGGGGGGGGGGGGGGAUGGGGGGGGAU